UUCUUUUUCAAAUAAAAUUAUCUCUUAUGUAUUCUCAACAAAACAAAAAAGCUUCGAAUAAUUCUAUUCAAUCAAUUCUAAGUGAUUUCUUAAAUCAUAUAAAUUAUAACAUUAUUCAUCAACUACCGCAUAAUAAUAAUCCAAAUGUGCUUGCGGCUCAAACGAGAGUUGGUAAAAGGGUUCAAAGAUUAACGGGAUUUAAAUUAAUGAAAAGAAAUGUAAAAUUGGAAGCGGAACGAUUGCAAUUAUAUGAUCAAUAUUUAAUCAAUUUAGCAACUAGUAAAAUUUGGAGUUUAAGAACCAGUCGUUCUCAAAGACAACAAUUCAUAAAUUUGGCUAAUGAUGCGAAUAAUAUCAAUCAAAAUAUGAUGACGGAAAAUAACGCGAAUAUUAAUAGAAUUAGUCAAAUAAAUAACUCACAAAAAGUUAAGAAUCAAUUUGAGGAUAAUUUUUUUAAUGGAACAAAAUUUGAUAAUAAUAAUAAUAGAGAUUUGGAAUCUUUAAUUUUUCCAAUUGGAAGUUCAAGAAAUUUAGGAACAUAUUUUUAA